AUGCUCGGCCCACAGUCACGCCACGGAGGGGGACUGCGGCCGGGAGCCCAGGGAGCCAAGCCUCCCGCUGGCACUGGCCCCGCAGUGGGGUGGCCGACCUUCAAAGGAAGAGGCCUAGGCACAGGAGGCGAGAGGACCCGAGGACCUCCCUGCCGCUGCGCAGGGAGCACAGUGAAUUUCCGCCUCAGUGUGCCGGGGACCCGUACCGUAGAAAGCCAGCCUCUACCCUGCGCGUCUGACGAUGCCUUGUUUUUGUUCCCGCGGGGGUCCGAGGAGGAGGAGGAGCCGGCGGCGCCCAAGCCGCGCAAGAAGCGCUCGAGGGCCGCCUUCUCCCACGCCCAGGUCUUCGAGCUGGAGCGCCGUUUCAACCACCAACGCUACCUGUCCGGGCCGGAGCGCGCCGACCUGGCGGCCUCGCUGAAGCUCACCGAGACGCAGGUGAAGAUCUGGUUCCAAAACCGUCGCUACAAGACCAAACGCCGGCAGAUGGCCGCAGACCUGCUGGCGUCGGCGCCCGCGGCCAAGAAAGUGGCGGUGAAGGUGCUGGUGCGGGACGACCAGAGACAGUACCUGCCCGGCGAGGUGCUGAGGCCGCCCUCGCUCCUGCAGCUGCAGCCGUCCUACUACUACCCGUACUACUGCCUCCCGGGCUGGAGUCUUUCCACAGCGUCCGCCGCACCCCGCACCCAGCCCUCUGUUUCCACCGCACCUCGCCUCCUGCGCCCUGGCCUGGGACCCACACACACACCUGUUCCGAGACAGGUGACCCCGCCUGUCCUGUCAACCUCGCCGCUUUUCGCCUCCUUAGGGGCACUGUGCACUCAACUAGAGUAUUAUCUUUUAAAAGAUUUGUGA